AUGUGGUGAACAACAUUACAACAAGGCCGGGAGAGGUGUAGAGGACUAACUGAGGUAUACCACAAGACAAGCACCAGAGACACAAUACAACAUACAACAGUAUGUUAAAUCACUCUUUGGGGACUCUGGGGAGUUAGUAGCAGAAAGACAGACCCCCAUCUUCUGCUAUGCCUGUUGUAGAGAUGUUGAAAGAGCUAUAGGACAGGUGGGGAGGGUUGUCAAAACUUUUUUUGUUGUUGCUUUGGGGCUGGGUUGUGUGUCUUUUUUAUUGGGCACAGGGGAGGGUAGUAUGUUUACAUUCAUUUUUUUCUUCAGGUUUUACUAUAUAAUUUCUUCCAUCCUAGGCAAAUGUCCUCAUCUGCUUGUAUGCACAUCCCUUAUAUCAAGGUGUUUUGGUACUUCCCUUACGCACUACGCUUUUCCGCGCGCUAACUUUUACUCUACCACAGGUCAAUAUAGUCUACCUCUCUGUCUAUUCUGCCCUCUAUCCACCAUUCAUAGUGACAAUAGUGGAGGUGGAUCAUUUGUCCUGAUCUGCAAUAGGCUAAAUAGCAUUCAAAGCUGCAUCAAUUUUCAAUAUGAAUUCACAAGAACAAAUAAGAAUAGCUGAUAGGCAGCGGAGAGACCAGGUGCAUCAUUGCGCCUGAAAGAACAGUGAAGACAUGAGGCACACAGCUCAAAAAUCUCCCUUAUUGAUCUUGUUUAGGGACAAUACAAUUAUCCUACCGAGACUAGCCUACAACACCACAAUGCAAUGACUAAUUUCAUUAUUGUUUUCAAGUACAAAAUUCUACUCUCGGCUGCAGUGAAAAUGUCAUUUGAAUAACGGCGCAAAAGCCCCGUGAUCUGAAUGUUUAAGCACAUCUCAGUAUCAGAAGUAAAAAAACGCAGUCAGAGUGGCCUGCUACUGUGCCUUUCUAGACCUUAUAAAAUGCGGAGAGUAGACCCACAACUGAUCCAAAUGGAAUGUCUGUUGCAGAUCACCAUUCUCCCAUGUCGUCCUAUAAGUAUUUGGCCACAUAUGCUCACGGCAGGCCCAGUUAUUCAGGAAAGCUAAAUGUGUGCUCUACUCCCAUCCGAGCGCCUAUUCCCCACACACCUAGAAUAACGCUUCAAUAUAACCAAAAUAUUUAUCAUUAAACUUGUAUUACCUUUUAUAUGUGGCAUAAACACAACCAGUCACAAUGUUUUAAUCUGAUUAGGCUACUUCAAAAGUCUCCUGUAGGAAUGCUCACAUUCCUCCAAAAUAUAAUUCCAGCAUCCUCAAAAUGGCUUGGCAUUAACCAGGUUUCCAUCCAACCUUUUGUUGCGAGCAAAGAACAUGUCACAUAAAAAAAUGUCAGGACAUCAUGGCUACAGAUGAAAUAAACUUCACAGGGUGGUGAAGGUGCAUGGUGAUGAGUUUGACGCUCCUUUCAAUAAAUAUUGAGGGUCUAAAGGCUCUGCAUGGUUUACAGAUGUCUGCAGUGGCCAUACAGCAUUUACUGUGAUGCGGCAUCCGCAGAAGUCAGAGCAUUCAUUAUUCGUGCGCUUUGCAGAGCAGCGUAUAACUGUUGUGAAGGAAGUUGUCAAGGAAGUGAGUUUGUGUUCAUACAGGACCUCCCGCCACCACCUACCGUCAACCAAUCAUGUCAAUGCGGAGCUACAGUGGGGAAAAAAAGUAUUUAGUCAGCCACCAAUUGUGCAAGUUCUCCCACUUAAAAAGAUGAGAGAGGCCUGUAAUUUUCAUCAUAGGUACACGUCAACUAUGACAGACAAACUGAGAAAAAAAUUCCAGAAAAUCACAUUCUAGGAUUUUUUAUGAAUUUAUUUGCAAAUUAUGGUGGAAAAUAAGUAUUUGGUCAAUAACAAAAGUUUCUCAAUACUUUGUUAUAUACCCUUUGUUGGCAAUGACACAGCUCAAACGUUUUCUGUAAGUCUUCACAAGGUUUUCACACACUGUUGGUGGUAUUUUGGCCCAUUCCUCCAUGCAGAUCUCCUCUAGAGCAGUGAUGUUUUGGGGCUGUCGCUGGGCAACACGGACUUUCAACUCCCUCCAAAGAUUUUCUAUGGGGUUGAGACCUGGAGACUGGCUAGGCCACUCCAGGACCUUGAAAUGCUUCUUACGAAGCCACUCCUUCGUUGCCCGGGCGGUGUGUUUGGGAUCAUUGUCAUGCUGAAAGACCCAGCCACGUUUCAUCUUCAAUGCCCUUGCUGAUGGAAGGAGGUUUUCAUUCAAAAUCUCACGAUACAUGACCCCAUUCAUUCUUUCCUUUACACGGAUCAGUCGUCCUGGUCCCUUUGUAAAAAAUAGCCCCAAAGCAUGAUGUUUCCACCCCCAUGCUCCACCCCCAACAUACCACCUGAGGAAGUGUGCACGCUGCUCAUCCACGUGACCCACCUGGUUCCUCUCAGCCAGGAACACCUGGUUAUCAAGCUAUGUCAGCUCACACACCACCUCCUCAACCAGCUACAGGUGAUAGUGGACGAGCAGACGCUGGAUGUGUGUGUGUGUUACGUGGUCCGUGCGCUGGGCGUGUGUAGCCCCUGGACUCACAGUGAGGUGCUGCAGGCUUUGUCUACUCUGAUCUAUGGAAACGGACCUCGCUGCAACCUGCACCUGAGUGAGUUGCUUGGUGAUGGUGGAGUACUGCGUCUCUAUAGCGACCCGUCUCAGCCAGACAUGGAGCUGCGUCGUGCUGCUCUCACCUGUAUGGCUAACAUCUGUCUGGGUGUCCCAGGGCAGGCGUCACUAGAAGACCCCUACAGGAGUUUGUGUUUCAGAGUCUUCCUGCAGACGCUCCAGUCACCCAAACCCCCCGACGCUGAUGAACUGCUUUACUGCACGGUGAUCCAGGGAGCAGUGAAGGGCCUCCAGUCCUCUCUGUGUGGAGGGAAGUGGAGGUUUGGAGGCCAGGAGGAACAAGGAGCUCUACUGGCAGUUCUCAAGAGGUUCAUGUUCCAUGGUUGUCCAGGAGUGGGUGUGGAGUGGCCGUCCGUGCUGUACCCUGCUCCCCUGCCUCAGUACGAAACCUGCAGCACCCCCAAACCCCCUGAACCUCCACGGAACCCCCCCACCCAGACCUCAGGGAAUAAGAAGAAGAAGUCUCGAGGACGGGGGAGGAAAGGAGGAGUGGAUGCGGAGAGAGAGGCAGAACCCGGGCUCCAGAGAGGGGGAAGAGGAGGGGAGGCCUGGUCUAAGACCCCUGGAGCCCCACCUCCGGCCGUUCCAUCCCUCUAUCCGUUAUGGAAGAGGAGCAGCUCUGAUUCAGAGUUCUCUGAUCCUGAGGGAGCAGCACACAGCAAACUGAGGUUGUUCCAUGGCAGGGUGCGGCAGGGUGUGUUGCUGUGUCUCCUAGCCGUGGUGAAGGCAGUGGAGAGGAGAACGCUGUAUGGCUAUUGGUCGUCAUUCAUACCGGACGCUCCCAUUGGUGGACCACCUCCUCUCACACUGCUCACUGUAGUACUGAAGGACCUUUCACCUAAGGUGCGUGCGUGUGCCCUCCAGGUGGUGUCUGCGUUGCUGGAUGGUUCCCGUCAGUUCCUGGGCGUGGCUGAAGACUUGGCUCCGCCCAUAACCUCUUACACUCCAUUCUCCUUCUCCCUCGCCACCGCCGUCCGCGAGCUGCACCGCUCUCUCUCCCUGGCGUUGCUGGCCGAGGCCUCUGCCCACACACUCACUCAGAUCAUCAAGUGCCUGGCUCACCUGGUGUGUAAUGCUCCGUAUAACCGUCUGAGACCCGGCCUGCUCAGCCCGCUGUGGAGACAGAUACGACCCUACCUACGACACAGAGAUGUGAACGUGCGUGUGUCUGUUCUGACACUGUAUGGAGCGUUGGUGUCGACCCAAGCCCCUCUCUCUGAGAUACAGCUGCUCCUCACACAGCCACACACCUCGCAGGAGACGGCGCUGAGCUGGAGACAGAGGGAGGGGUUUUCCACACCCUCACCACACACUCCACCCUCCCACAAAUACCACAACUCACACACCAAACAAACACACUCUCCUCGGGGCUCACACACUCCAGGAGAGGAGGAGCCGGGCGUGCCCUGGCUGCUGCAGCUGUGUGUGUCGCUUGUCACUCAACCCAGAGAUGACCAAUCAGACAGCGAGGGUCCAGGAGGAGGGGCUACAGCUCUAGAGCCCUCCCCAGUUCGCCUGGAGGCCUUACAGGUGCUAGCCCACCUGAUGCGCGGUUACUUCCCUCUGUGCCAGGCGUGUCUGUGUGAGCUGGGGCAGCUGAGUGCCCGUUGUCUCCGAGAGACAGACCCCUCCAUACAACUACACGGAGCCAAGUUACUGGAGGAGUUGGGGACAGGUAUCAUCCAACAGUACAGAGCAGACAGCAGCCAGGCAGAGAGCUGCAGGGUCCCGAUCUCACAGGUGGUCCAGUUCUGGGUGGAUGUAUUGAGUGGUCCGUUGAACAGAGCCCUUCAGAGUCAUCAGCAUCCUACUCUACAGACCAGCUCCUGUGACACCCUCUCCUCAAUCUUACCACAGGCCUUCACACAGCUACCGGAGAAGAGCCAGGUUCUGUGUGUAACAGUGUUGUUGGGCCUGACCUACAGUGAUAACUCUCUGGUGAAGGCUGCUGCAGUCAGAGCUCUGGGAGUCAACAUUCUGUUCCCCUGUCUACGAGAGGAUGUGAUGUUUGUAGCAGACACGGCCAACGCCAUCCUGACAGCCCUGGACGACUGCUCCCCCAAUGUCCGCUCCAACGCCGCCUGGUCGCUAGGCAACCUCACCGACACACUCAUCGUCAACAUGGAAUGUGUAGGGGAGGUUUUCCAGGAGGAACUGUCUGACAUGUUGGUCCUCCAGAUGCUACAGUCGGCCACCAAGGCUUCUAUUGACAAGGACAGGGUGAAGAGUAAUGCGGUGCGUGCGUUGGGGAACCUGCUCCACUUCCUGUCUGUCAGUCAGCUGACCCGGCCGGGGUUCCAGCGCCCCCUGGAGGAGGCGGUCAGCGCACUGGUCACCACGGUCCAAUCAGAAGCCACGAUGAAGGUCCGCUGGAAUGCCUGCUACGCCCUGGGCAACGCCUUCAGGAACCCUGCCCUGACCCUCGAUUCUGCUUCCUGGUCCGGCGAUGCGUUUUCCGCCCUCUGCUGUGUUGUCACUUCCUGUCAGAACUUCAAGGUGCGCAUCAAGUCUGCUGCUGCCCUCUCCGUCCCCGCCUGCCGUCAUUGCUACGGUGAUGCGGAGCGGUUCGGGCGUGUUUGGCGCUCACUGGCCGCGGCGUUGGAACACAGCGAGGAGACGCAGGACUUCCUGGAGUACCGCUACUGCUCCUCUCUCCGACACACACUCAUACACGCCCUCACACACCUGCUACGACUCAGCCAAUCACAGGACAUGCCUGCCCUGGGGGUGUCGCUCGUCAUGGAGAAGGGGAGGGGCUUCAAGGAACACCUGGUGAAAUACCUGAGAGGGGGAGGAGGGACGGAGGGAGGGAGAGGAGGAGGGACGGAGGGAGGGAGAGGAGGAGGGACGGAGGGAGGGAUGGAGGGGGAGAGAGAGAGAGAGGGGGAGGAGAGGGUGAGGACUCUGGGAGAGACGCUGGAGAGACUGAGGGGUCUGUGUGUAGGGAGGGAGGGAGGAGAAGAGGAGAGGAGUGUGGUGGUGGUGGUGGCCUUUCUGGAGGACGUUCUGAGGAGCUGUGAGGAGCUGAAGGUCACACCCUCAGAUUGA